CUUGUCUUCAGACCUCAGCAGACUCUCGUCAGUUCAGGCUGCGGGACUCGUUCGGGGAAUAAUGGUCCAGUGUGCGCUGCUGCUGCUGCUGGGACUCCUGCACGUGCUGGGGGUGCUGUGCCGGGCAGAGCUCGCUCCUCCCACCCUGAACAUCAGCCUGGAUGAAGAUCCAGAGGUGCGCUGGAAACCUCUGCUCACCGUGUUCGACAAAGACUUCCUCAACAAAGCUGGAGCUCAGGUCAUCGACUCUACCGUUCCAAAAUGGGUGCAUCAUGCGAUUGCCCCUGUGGUGUCGGCCUUGGAGAAGUACGUCCCUCAGCCUUACGCCGGGGAGAUCCGCGGCAUGGCCUCCCACUUCGGGGGAAAGAUCUCGGACGUCAUCCUUCUCAACUUUGCCUAUGAAAUAUCUGCAUUUUGCACCAGCAUCGUCGCUCAGGACAAAAGUGGGAACGUGUACCACGGCAGGAAUCUCGACUAUCCACACCCUAUUCUCAUGAAUCUGACCAUGAACGUAGAUUUCCUCAAGAAUGGAGAGGUGAUGUACCGUGGAACUUCUUUUGCGGGCUAUGUCGGACUGUGGACGGGACAGAGUCCUAACAAGUUUACUGUCUCCGGUGACGAGCGACGCUCUAAACGCUGGUAUAACUGGUGGAAGAAUAUUGUAUCCGCUUUCCUCUUGGGGCGGUCCCCAGUCAGCUGGUUGGUGAGGGAGACACUGGAGGGAGCAGAGGACUUCCAGGAUGCAGUGAUGCAUCUUUCUAAAAUCCCCAUCAUCACUGGGGUGUACUACAUCGUGGGUGGAGUACGACCCGGGGAAGGGGUCGUCAUCACCAGAGAUCGGACGGGCCCCGCUGAUAUCUGGCCCCUGGAUCCCCUAAACGGGAGAUGGUACAGAGUGGAGACAAACUAUGACCACUGGCUUCCUCCCCCAGCCACGGACCAUCGAAGAGAAGUCGCCAACAAAGCACUGAACGCCACUGGCCAGGAACAAAUAAACCUGGAGACACUUUAUCAGGUUUUGUCGCUGCCUCCAGUGUGUAAUGGAAUUACCAUCUACACAACAACAAUGAGUGCAGCACAUCCUGACGAGUACAGGUCACUCAUCAGGCAACAGAGCUGUCGUGAGAUUGACUGAACUUCCUGCAAUCAACAACGCAAUUAUUUUUCUCGUGUAUCCGAACUACACAACAUUUUAAUAUGCACAUUCACGAUAUAUAUAUGUAUAUAUAUAUAUAUAUAUAGGUGAGAUUAGAAGGGAAUUUGACAUGUGUGUAUGUGAUUUAUAUGUCAAGCUUAAUAAAGUUUUGAAUACUGA